CUUUUUACAGAAUUACCUUCUCUAGAAACGUAGAAAAAAUAGGAUUGCGCGAAUUUUUUUGUAUUUUGUUUGAUUUGCUUGCUUGCAUUAACUUUGUUCGGUUCUGGUUUUAUAUUUCGUUUACAACACGUGCGGGACACCUAACACAUAAAGAACCACGACAUACUUGCGAACAUAGCGUACUAUUCGUGUAACCCAGCAAAUUAACUCUGCCUUUAUUUGCAAUUCGACUGUAAUGAGUUCUCCACAAAGUCCCGUUUACCGUACCCCAGUAGAACAAAAGCGACAUGCUCAGGAUGUGGCCAAAAGACACCGUACGGGCAUGCCAAAACUGCGUGAUAUGUUGCGCGAGAAGUACCGCAAACGUAUUAUAGAGACUCGCACAAGAUUAGCAGAUGCCAACCGCACAGUGCAAUUGGCUGAACUUAAAGAAUUUCUUCGCACGGAGCUAAGCGAGUUUGACAAAGACUUGGAGUUGGAACAGAACAUUCUGGACGAAUUACUUUCUGAUGUAAAUGAAUGGUAUGCGUUGGGCGAACAAAAUUUGGAAACGUACGUGGAAUCAGAUGCACCAAUACAGCAAAAUGUUCUGUGCCCUGUCUGCCUUAUAAAACCAUUGCAACGUCAGGAAACUGUCUACCGGUGUGAGUGCGGAAUUCAGUUUGAGCAUACAUCUAACAUGGAACAACUAGAGAAGAAAAUACACCAGCAAAUUGCAUCACAUGAAACUAAGUGUACUCAGGCACUGCGUUUCUUUAUAGAGCCUUCCACCGGUCGCCUUUAUAAUAUGUGUGGAAGUUGCGAUUAUUUCUCCUCCAUUUAGUAUAUAUUAAGAUUAACUUUUCAGAUGUCUGCGCCCAAGAACGUACAUAUUUAAUACUAAUGUUAAUUCAUAUAAAAACAAGCAACUUAAAUAGAUUAAGGAGAUCAUAUAGGAAAA